AUGGGUUCCUCUAGUCCGUCCGUAUUUACCGCGGCCACCGUGGCUGCCGCCCCCGAAGAUCCCUUGUUUGGCCUGAUGAAGGCCUAUCGUGAAGACCCCUCCGAGAAGAAGGUUGAUCUGGGCAUUGGUGCCUACCGCGACAACAACGCAAAGCCCUGGAUUCUCCCUGUCGUCAAGAAGGCCGAUGACGCCAUCCAUAACGAUCCCAGCCUUAACCACGAAUACCUCUCCAUCGGUGGUCUCGCCGAGUUCACCUCCGCAGCCCAGAAACUGAUCGUCGGCGCAGACAGCCUGGCAAUCAGUGAAAAGCGAAUUUGCACCCUGCAAACAAUCUCAGGCACCGGCGCCGUCCACCUCGGCGGCCUCUUCCUCGCAAAAUUCCACCCCCAAAAGCCCACCGUCUACCUCUCAAACCCAACAUGGGCAAACCACAAUCAAAUCUUCACAAACGUCGGUCUACCCCUCGCAAAGUAUCCCUACUUCUCCGUCAAGACGAAAGGCCUUGACUUCACCGGCAUGAUCGCUGCCCUAGAAGCCGCCCCCCAAGGCUCUGUAAUUCUUCUUCACGCCUGCGCACACAACCCAACAGGCGUCGACCCCACUGAAGACCAAUGGAAGCAAAUCGCCGAGCUGAUGCGCGCCCGCUCCCACUUCCCAUUCUUCGACACCGCCUACCAAGGCUUCGCAUCGGGUGACUUGGUUCGUGACUCCUGGGCGAUCCGCUACUUCGUCGAGCAGGGCUUCGAGCUGUGCGUUGCGCAGUCCUUCGCUAAGAACUUCGGUCUCUAUGGCGAGCGCACGGGCGCGUUCCACUUUGUCUCUGCUCCAGGCCCGGAUGCAGCGGCUGCGUCUGCGCACAUUGCGUCCCAGUUGGCGAUUUUGCAGCGCUCGGAGAUCUCGAACCCGCCUGCUUACGGUGCGCGGAUUGCCAGCCGUGUGCUGAAUGAUCCUGUUCUCUUUAAGGAGUGGGAGGCGGAUCUGCGCACGAUGAGUGGCCGCAUUCUGGAGAUGAGACAGGGGUUGCGGGAGCGUCUUGAGAAGCGUGGUACGCCUGGUUCGUGGGAUCAUAUCACGUCGCAGAUUGGAAUGUUUAGUUUCACUGGUCUGUCUGAAGAGCAGGUGCUGACGCUGCGCUCCAAGUGGCAUGUCUACAUGACGAAGAACGGCCGCAUCUCCAUGGCUGGCUUGAACACGAAUAACAUUGACUACUUCGCUGAGGCGGUUGAUAGUGUUGUUCGCGAGUCUGCUAAGUUGUGA